GUCGAUGUAAAUUUGGAUCUAUAUGUAGCAGAUUGUUACAAUGAUCGAGUUCAAUUGUUCUAUUCAGGAGAAUCAAAUGGUAUCACAGUGGCUGGAGAUACAUCAUUAAAUCUAACAAUUACACUUUUUUCUCCAACUGGAAUUGUCUUAGAUGCUGAGAAAUAUUUAUUCAUUGUGGAUACUAGCAAUGAUCGCAUUGUUGGUUCAGGCUUGAAUGGUUUUCGAUGUUUAGUUGGAUGUUAUGGAGAGGGUUCACAAUCCAAUCAAUUGAAUUUUCCAUUCAGUUUUAGUUUCGAUCAUUCUGGAAACAUAUUUGUUACUGAUCAAUUAAAUCAUCGAAUUCAAAAAUUUUUACUAAUGAAAGAUUCUUUUGGUAAGUUGAAUGAAAUGAAAAGUUGUGAAUAG